AUGCCGGAUAAAGUUGCGCCAGCAGAGCACCAGGUUUUGCCCGCCAAAGCCAAGGAACAGAGUGUUAAGUUGAAAAAGGAACUGGGACUAUUGGAUGGAGUUUCUAUUAUUGUUGGAGUUAUUGUUGGUGCUGGAAUUUUUGUUUCUCCACAUAGUGUUUUGGACAAAAGCGGGAGCAUUGGAUUUUCUUUGAUAGUAUGGAUUUUUUCUGGAUUACUUUGUUUGGUUGGUGCUCUUUGCUAUGCAGAAUUAGGAACAAUGAUACCCAAGUCCGGGGGCGACUAUGCGUAUAUAAGCGAUGCAUUUGGACCACUACCUGCCUUUUUGUAUUUAUGGGUCGCAUUGUUCAUACUAGUACCUACUGGUAAUGCAAUAACUGCGUUAACUUUUGCGAUAUAUAUUCUAAAACCCUUCUGGCCUGACUGUGAGCCGAAUUAUGAAGCCGUACGGCUAUUAGCCGCUGUUGUAACGUGUUUGCUCACUGCAAUAAAUUGCUACAAUGUCAAAUGGGCGACGCGCAUCCAAGAUAUAUUUACCGGGACCAAAAUAUUUGCUUUGAUAGUAAUAAUAGGCGCUGGAUUUUGGCAUUUAUUUGCAAUAGGUCCUGAGAAUCUCAUAAACCCAAUGGGAGGAACUAACACCUCGCCAGGUUACAUCGCCGUUGCUGUUUAUUCCGGACUGUUUUCCUACUCCGGGUGGAACUACCUUAACUUUGUAACUGAGGAACUAAAAGAUCCCUAUCGAAAUUUGCCACGAGCUAUUUGCAUUUCAUUGCCGCUGAUAACGAUUAUUUAUGUCCUGGCAAACUUUUCUUACUUUAUCGUCCUUACUAAGCAGGAAUUUUUGACGUCAACAGCUGUUGCUGUCACUUUUGGUGGAAAAUUAUUGGGACCAAUGGCAUGGAUAAUGCCAUUUUUCGUGGCAUGCUCAACAUUUGGUGCUCUUAACGGCGCAAUAUUCGCCUCAUCACGGCUAUUCUUCGUCGGAGCACGAAACGGACAUUUACCCAAUGCGAUAGCACUUAUUAACAUUAGAAACUUAACACCAAUGCCAGCUCUUAUCUUCCUAUGCAUUAUCACGCUGGCGCUGCUGAUACCAAAGGACAUUGACGGACUGAUCACUUAUGUCAGUUUUGUUGAGGCAGUCUUCAUUACGAUGUCAGUAUCGGGUUUGCUAUGGUUGAGGUACAAACGACCUGAUCUUCAUAGACCUAUUAAGGUAUUUUUAAUCGUCAAUUUAUUAUUAUUAUUAUUAUUAUUAUUAUUAAUUAUUACAUACCGAGUUUUCAGUUAUUUAAUUAUAAGAAGAAAUAUUUUUCUUAGAAUAUUAUUU